AUGGCCGAACUCUUCGACAAGGCACCCGAGCUGCCCCCACCAUUCAUAAACGUCACAGGCAUUGCCAACUUCCGCGACAUUGGCGGCUACAGCACAUCCUCGGCCGACCAAUCCAUCCGCUCCAACCUCGUCUUUCGCUGCGCCGACCCCAGCAAAGUACAACCCUCGGGCCUCGCAAAACUAAAAGAGCUCGGCGUAAAAAAAGUGUUCGAUCUACGCAGCAUACCCGAGAUUUCAAAGCAAGGGCCUGAAUGGGCUGGUGUUGCGGUUGAAAAGGAAGUGUUUGUGACAAGGGAUGAAGGAGACGAGACUCCUGUUCCCGCAGACCAGAUUGAAAGGAUAUGGUGUCCAGUGUUUAGAAACACUGAUUAUGGACCUGAGCAAGUUGCUGUGCGGUUCCAGAAUUAUGCGAGGAAGGGGAGUGAGGUGUGUAUUCUUUUCUCUCUCUCUCUCUCUCUCUCUCUCUCUCUCUCUCUCUCUCUCUCUCUCUCUCUCUCUCUCUCUCUCUCUCUCUCUCUCUCUCUCUGUUCCUUCUUGGGAGGAUGGCAACUGACGACAUGCACAACANNGGGCUUCGUAAAAGCAUACGCCGAUAUCAUGGCCAACGGGCCCACCGCCUACAAGACCAUUCUCACGCAUCUGGCUCAACCAAACCCUUCUCCGUGCAUAAUCCACUGCACGGCAGGCAAAGACCGCACAGGCGUCAUAGUCGCUCUCCUCUACCUCCUCUGCUCUGUCCCUACCUCGACGGUAGCGAAAGAAUACUCUCUCACAGACACUGGAUUACAGCAUCUGGUGCCCCUNUUUACAGAGCGCUUGCUCAAGAAUCCUGCUUUGGAGGGUAACGAGGAGGGUGUGAGGAACAUGAUUUCUGCGCAGCCGGAGAAAAUGGCUGCCACGAUCCAAAUGAUUCAGAAUGUCUAUGGUGGUGCCGAGGGGUACGUCAAAGACGUGGUUGGUCUGAGUGACGAGCAGAUUGCGCAGAUCAGGAAAAAUCUCUUGUCGAGUGAGAAGGCUAUGUUCUAA